AGAGAGGCUAGUGCAGAAUGGAAAAGACAUUAGCAGAGCUAGAGCAAGUUCAGACCCAAAUCCUGGAACGCAUAUCAAAACUAGAGCUAUUACUCGACCUCUCUGCGCCACUCUCUAUCGCUGACCCUGACUCUGUUCCCUCCUCCAACCCAAUCUGCGACACCGAAUCUCGCCUCUCCUCUAUCCUCCGAACCAACGGCGUAAACGACUUCUCGUUCAAGAAAGUCCCCGCCGAUUACUACGAUUGGCCAUUCGAAGCCCGACGAGACGCUCUCGGCGCCGCCUCCAUCGAUCAUCUCUGCAAAAGCAUCGUCCUGGUUAACACUCAAGCACCAUCUAAUGUCAUUGAUUGUAGUGAUCGAAACAAUUCAAAGUAUUAUGUUGUUGUCGUUCAGUACACUGCUCGUUUCAAUGCUGAGACUGUUAAAAACUUUCUGUAUUUGCUCAACAAUAGCCAGAUAGCUAAAAAGAAAUUCAACUUGAGGCUUGCUCCUGAGGAGACGUCUGUGAAGUUAACUGGAUUUGAGCACAAUGCAGUGACAUGUAUUGGCAUGAAAACAGACAUUCCGGUGAUUUUGGAUGAAGCAAUUGUAAAACUUCAUCCUGAUUUCUUCUGGUUGGGUGGUGGGGAGGUUGAUCUGAAGCUGGGGAUCAGGACCUCUGAAUUCAUUGACUUUGUUAAACCUUUUAUUGUCAGCUGCAGUGGUACUUGAUUCCCUGAUAUGAGAAAUUAUCAAAUUAAUUGAAGCACAAGUCAUCUAACAUGAUUACCCAGUGGAGGCUGAACUGAUGCCAUUCUAUUGAGAAUCCAUUGGUGUUUGAAUGUUUUUGGGAGCUGAGAAAAUUUUUUUAUAGAGCUGGAGUACUGCUUCCCUUUGGUUCUCUGGAAUACCGAAAUUGAAUAAGAUUUUUUCCCCCUGGUAACAUAUUUUUUUUUAUAUUUGCUCAAAUGAAUCUUUGCUUCUCUGGGUAUUAUAGAUGAAAAUUGAGGCAGUAAAUUCAAGACCA